UGCCUUCUGGAACCUCGAGCAGCUGUGGCUGGUUUCUCCCACGCUGGUACUGGCAUGGAUCCGGGUUGUAAGUGGCGGAAUCUGCCCACCGGGCCCAGUCUGAAACACUUGACCGAGCCGGGUUACGGGCUCCCCAAAGAGCAGCAGCUGCCGGCCUUGCAGGAACUCACGCGGGCGCAUAUCGAGUCCUUCAACUAUGCUAUGCGAGAGGGGCUCAGCCACGCGGUGCAGGCAAUCCCACCCUUGGAAUUUGCUUUCAAGGAUGAACGUAUCACUCUUGCUAUCGUGGACGCUGUUGUUAGUCCUCCCAUGGUCCCUAAAGGGAGCAUCUGCAAAGAGUUGAAAGUCUACCCUGCAGAAUGUCGUGGUCGAAGAAGUACAUAUCGGGGAAAGCUGACAGCUGAUAUCAGCUGGUCUGUGAAUGGGAUCCCAAAGGGAAUUAUUAAACAAUCCCUUGGCUAUAUUCCUAUUAUGGUGAAGUCUAAGCUGUGCAAUUUACAUGAUCUUCCUCCAAAGGGUCUCAUUGAGCACCAUGAGGAAGCAGAGGAGAUGGGAGGCUAUUUUAUAAUAAAUGGCAUUGAAAAAAUUAUCAGGAUGCUAAUUAUGCCUCGGAGAAAUUUUCCCAUUGCAAUGAUAAGACCAAAAUGGAAAACCAGAGGCCCUGGCUAUACCCAUUAUGGGAUUUCAAUGCACUGUGUUAGGGAUGAGCACACUGCUAUCAACAUGAAUCUUCACUACUUGGAAAAUGGUUCUGUGAUGGUGAAUUUUAUUUAUCAUAAAGAAUUAUUUUUUCUUCCUCUGGGAUUCGUACUCAAGGCAUUAGUUGGCUUUUCUGAUUACCAGAUUUUUCAGGAGCUGAUCAAAGGAAGAGAAGAGAAUUCAUUUUUUAGGAACUGUGUUUCUCAGAUGUUAAGAAUUGUCAUGGAAGAGGGUUGUCUUACACAAAAACAGGUCCUUAACUAUUUGGGAGAACGUUUCAGAGUAAAGCUCAACCUUCCUGAUUGGUAUUCAAAUGAACAAGCUGCGGAGUUUCUGUUAGAUCAGUGUGUGUGUGUCCAUUUGAAAUCGAAUGAAGAAAAGUUUUAUGUGCUUUGUCUCAUGACUCGGAAGUUGUUUACUUUUGCCAAAGAAGAAUGUAUGGAGGAAAAUCCUGAUAGUUUAAUGAAUCAGGAAGUUCUCACACCAGGGCGACUCAUCCUUAUGUUUUUAAAGGAAAAGAUGGAGGCUUGGUUGGUGUCUGUUAAAAUAGCUUUAGAUAAGAGGGCUCAAAAGACCAAUAUCUCUAUUAACACAGAAAAUCUGAUGAAAGUAUUUAGUAUGGGAUUAGACCUUACAAGACCAUUUGAGUAUCUUCUUGCUACUGGAAACCUACGAUCAAAAUCAGGUCUUGGCAUGCUGCAAGAUUCUGGCCUCUGCGUGGUAGCUGACAAACUGAAUUUCAUACGCUACCUUUCCCAUUUUCGCUGUGUGCACCGAGGUGCUGCCUUUGCCAAGAUGAGAACAACCACAGUACGCAAGCUGCUUCCAGAGUCCUGGGGUUUCCUUUGUCCUGUGCACACACCAGACGGAGAACCCUGUGGUCUGAUGAACCACAUGACUGCUAUCUGUGAGAUAGUCACACAGACUACCUAUACAUCUUCCAUCCCACCUCUCCUUUGCUCCUUAGGGGUGACUCCAUUUGAUACGUCUCCAGGUCAACCUUAUAAUGAAUGCUACCCUGUUAUGUUGAAUGGUAUCAUGGUUGGCUGGGUGGAAAAGGAUCUUGCUCCUGCUAUUGCAGAUUCUCUCCGGAAUUUUAAGGUACUGGGGAAAAAAAACAUCCCUCCUUGGAUGGAAAUAGUCCUUGUCCCAAUGACUGGAAAACCAAGUUUGUACCCUGGACUAUUUCUUUUCACUACUCCUUGUAGGAUGAUACGACCCGUGCAAAAUUUGGAAUUGGGUAAAGAAGAAUUGAUUGGUACUCUGGAACAGAUCUUUAUGAACAUUGCUAUCUUUGAGAAUGAGAUUGUCCCCGGAGUAACCACACACCAAGAGCUCUUCCCUCACAGCAUGCUGAGUGUGGUAGCCAAUUUCAUUCCUUUCUCUGAUCAUAAUCAGAGUCCUCGAAACAUGUAUCAGUGUCAGAUGGGUAAACAAACCAUGGGAUUUCCACUUCUUACUUACCAAGACCGAUCAGAUAAUAAACUGUAUCGUCUUCAGACUCCACAAAGCCCAUUAGUUAGACCAUACAUGUAUGAUUACUACGAUAUGGAUAACUAUCCCAUUGGGACAAAUGCUAUCGUUGCUGUCAUUUCUUAUACAGGAUAUGAUAUGGAAGAUGCUAUGAUUGUGAAUAAAGCUUCCUGGGAGAGAGGCUUUGCUCAUGGAAGUGUCUACAAGACAGAGCUCAUAGAUCUUUCUGAAAAAAUCAAACAAGGAGAUGAUAGUCUGGUGUUUGGAGUCAAGCCUGGUGAUGUACGGAUUCAACAGAAAUUAGAUGAUGAUGGCUUACCAUAUAUUGGAUCUCUUCUGAAAUAUGGGGACCCUUUUUACAGUUACCUAAAUAUCAACACAGGGGAAAGCUUUGUGACAUACUACAAAAAUAAAGAAAAUUGUGUCGUGGAUAACAUCAAAGUCUGUAGUAAUGAUUCUGGGAAUGGAAAAUUCAAAAGCAUCUGCAUCACAAUGAGAAUCCCCCGGAACCCAACUAUUGGUGAUAAAUUUGCUAGUCGCCACGGACAGAAGGGAAUUUUGAGUAGACUGUGGCCUGCUGAGGAUAUGCCUUUUACAGAAAGUGGGAUGAUGCCUGACAUUCUGUUCAAUCCUCAUGGUUUUCCAUCUCGAAUGACCAUUGGAAUGCUGAUUGAGAGCAUGGCAGGGAAAUCUGCAGCUCUGCAUGGCCUCUGUCAUGAUGCUACACCCUUCACUUUUUCAGAGGAGAAUUCUGCCUUGGAGUACUUUGGUGAGAUGCUAAAGGCUGCUGGUUACAACUUCUAUGGCACAGAGAGAUUAUACAGUGGCAUCAGUGGGGUAGAACUAGAAGCAGAUAUUUUCAUAGGGGUCGUCUACUAUCAGCGCUUACGUCACAUGGUCUCAGACAAAUUUCAGGUGAGGACAACUGGAGCCAGAGAUAAAGUCACUAAUCAGCCUAUUGGGGGAAGGAAUGUCCAGGGUGGAAUCCGUUUUGGAGAAAUGGAACGAGAUGCCCUUUUAGCACAUGGCACCUCCUUUCUGCUUCACGACCGCCUCUUCAACUGUUCUGACCGCUCAGUUGCCCAAGUGUGUGUGAAGUGUGGGAGCUUGCUGUCACCUCUACUAGAGAAGCCACCACCUUCCUGGUCAGCCAUGCGCAACAGGAAGUAUAACUGCACUGUGUGUAACCGUAGUGACACCAUCGACACAGUUUCUAUUCCUUAUGUUUUCCGAUAUUUUGUAGCUGAAUUGGCAGCUAUGAACAUCAAAGUCAAACUUGAUGUCAUCUAACUAUUCUGUUCUUCCUAUCUUGGUCUCUCAAGGUUUUUGUUUCAGAUAUAUUUUUCCAUUUAAAUUUAUUUUUAAUAAAAACAAAUUUUUGAGGGGUGGGA